UUGCAGCUUUCCCCUGCUUCCCCUUGCUUGCACCUCCGUUGCAGCAGUUGUAUUAUUCCCCUGGUUUAGUUGCACAUAUUCCUAAUAAAAUGGCGGCAUUGAUCAGGAGGAUUAUCAGCACAACUAAGGCUCCUGCUGCUAUCGGCCCGUACAGCCAAGCAGUGGUGGUAGAUCGGACCAUGUACGUCUCAGGACAGCUGGGGAUGGAUCCUGCAAGUGGACAGCUAGUGGAAGGGGGUGUUCAGGCUCAAACCAAACAGGCUCUUGUGAAUAUGGGUGAAAUCCUAAAAGCAGCUGGCUGUGGUUAUGAGAAUGUUGUCAAAACCACAGUACUCUUAGCUGAUAUGAAUGACUUUACCAAUGUCAAUGAUGUCUACAAGCAGUUCUUCAGCACUAACUACCCAGCCAGAGCUGCCUACCAGGUCGCUGCUCUCCCCAGAGGUGGACUGGUUGAGAUUGAAGCUGUUGCUGUAUUGGGCCCUCUGACCGAUGCUUCCUAACAAAUGCAUCUAUCAAACCAUGAAAACUGGAAAACCCAUAAUCACUGAAAAUUAUAUAGAAUGUGCCUUGUUUUGUAGAGCAAUUAAGGAUUAAUUGAACAAAAAUCCCACUGAGCACUUAUUAUUUCUAUAAUACAGUAUAUUUAUUAAGUGAUUUUACAUAAUUGUCAUAAACAUGUAGUGGAGCAUCUUGCAGACUAACAGCAGCCGGGCUCGGACCACUUUCUCCUCUCUCAUUAACAUUGAUGAGACGUGUUUGGAGGCAACGCUGCAUUUUAAAUUCCCUCUGCUCACAUUUCACUGACAAUAGCUGAAAAGUAUCUAAGCUUGUUUGCUCUUAUUGAGUUACACUGCCAGCAGCGGCAGUGUAUCCUCUCUCACUGUGCCAGAGUAAGGAUGAUCAAAUAUAACUCAAUAAUAAAUAGUUUUAAUUUAUGUAAAUGGUCAUUUGUUUUGUGAUACCAAUAAAACUAUAUGCAGAUUA